UGCCGCACUGACGCGGCCCACAAUCCAGCGCGCGAGCAGAGUUAACAUGGCGCGUGCGCUCACCGUCUCGAGCAGGGCCGAAAACAACAACAACAACAACAUCAGCGCCGGGAUACAUGGCGUUUAACGCGACGCCAAACCGUCACCGCUCCUUAUGAUCGUUCUCAGCAUGUACUGCUGAUCUACCGCACAUUUGUGAAUCUAGAAACCUUCAACCCAGAGCCCUUUGGGCUUUUCUUCAGUCUCGUCCGGAGAGAAGUGGAGUGGCAUGGAGGACCCCAAAAGCCCCGUGAAGGUGGUCAAACCUUCUCGCUCGAGUGUGGGCAAGGCGCCGUCCUCCAAACCCCAAAGGGAGAGCAUGAAAGUCACCAGCCGAUGCAAAGACGGCGUCCCCAGGGUGAAAGAGGAGAUCCAGGGCGGCCAUAGCUGUGGCAGGACGUGCACCGGCAGCCCUCAGGAGCAGGGUAAGGGCAAAACCCGCAGGCUGACGGGCAGAACUAAUUCUGGCGAGAGGGGGAGAGGGAAGCCCCAGCCCAGUGAGGCCCGCCAGCAGCCACAGGAGAAGAAAACUCCGGUCCGAAACAGUGGACCAGCCAAGGAUGGGGGAGCAACACUGCUGACCAGCACAGGAGAGGAGAGCUCAACACACAACAACACCAUCGCAGCUACAGAGAAGAUACCUGGUGUGGAGAUCUCAGGCAGACAGAGGGUUGAAGUCGCAGCAGAGGUCGUGGAGGUGGGAAACCUGACCUCUGACCAACAGCUGGGACUCAAACAGGCGGAGGAGAGGCUGCAGAGAGACUACAUCCACCGGCUGCUCAAGCCGUCUCCGGAGUACCCGAAUUUCCAGUAUCUAUGCAAACUGUGUUCAGUCCACGUGGAGAAUAUCCAGGGUGCUCACAAGCACAUUAAAGAGAAACGUCACAAGAAGAACAUCAUGGAAAAGCAGGAGGAAAAUGAGUUGAGAGCGCUUCCUCUUCCCUCUCCGGCCCAAUUGAGGGCGCUAGACUCCGCCGUGCUGGAGGCAGCAGAGGUGCACGGCAUCUCAGAGGAAGACUUUGCAUUGAGACAAGCCGUGGUGCUCCGGAUGGAGGUUAUUAUACGUAAACAACUCACAGCGUGCUCUCUCCGUCUUUACGGCUCCUGCUUCACCCGCUUCGCCUUUAAAACGAGUGACAUUAACAUCGACGUCUCUUACCCCUCAACUAUGACUCAACCUGAUGUGCUGAUCCAGGUGCUGGAGAUCUUAAAGAACAGCGUGGAGUUUGCCGAGGUGGAGUCUGAUUUUCAUGCCAAAGUCCCUGUUGUUUUCUGCAGAGAUGUGGCGAGUGGGUUAAUGUGCAAAGUGAGCGCAGGAAAUGAUGUUGCGUGCCUCACCACCAAUCACCUUGCGGCUCUGGCCAGACUGGAGCCAAGGCUUGUGCCUCUGGUGCUGGCCUUCCGUUACUGGGCCAAUCUGUGCCACAUCGACUGUCAGGCGGAGGGAGGAAUCCCAUCCUACUCGCUGUCUCUGAUGGUCAUAUUCUUCCUUCAACAGAGAGCAAAGCCCGUCCUGCCCGUUUAUCUAGGACAUUGGAUCAAAGGCUUUGAUGUGAAGCGUGUGGAUGAGUUUCACCUGACGGGGAUGGAGUCGGGCACAUUCGUGGGUUGGGAGCACAGACCCGCUCCUGCUGGCGAGGGCCGCAUGGACGGCAAAGCCAAACCUGAACCCAAAACCCACACGGAGAAGAAAGAGAAGAAGGUCGAAUACAUUAAGGGCAAGUCCCGUCUGAUGCUGGAGGAAACGGUGAGCGCGUCUCUGGGGCAGCUGUGGCUGGAGCUCCUGCGCUUUUACACGCUGGAGUUUGCGCUGGAGGAGCACAUCAUCAGCAUCCGUCUGAGAGAGCUGCUGCCGCGAGAGCUCAAGCACUGGCCUCGCCGCAGACUCGCCAUUGAGGAUCCGUUUGCGUUGAAGAGGAACGUGGCUCGCAGUCUGAACAGUCAGAUGGUGUUUGAGUACAUCCAGGAGCGUUUCCGCAUGGCCUACAAGUACUUCGCCUGUCCUCAGAGCAGGAACGGAGCGAACAUCAGCCGCGGCUUACUGAUGAAGAAAUCCCGGCGCCACGGCAGAGCGCUCUCGCAUGGCCGUGACGACAGCCUGGAACGAAAGAACCGGGAGGAGCGGAGGAGCGGCGAGGAGGACGGAGACAGCAGUGAUGAUGAGGAAGAGAGGGAUAUAGAGGAAGAGGAGAGGCUGAGAGCAGGGUUCACCGAGCUCCUGGUGAGUGAUGGUGGGAUGAAUGCCGGAUGUGAAGCCACAGCUGUGUCUCCUUCCAUCCUGAACGGCCUGCUGAUGGACAGCGAUGAUGAGGAGGAGGAGGAGGAUGAUAAAGAUCAAGAGAUGGAGGAACAGGACAGUAUUGCUCCAGAAGACAUGCACUACAUCUUUGACAGGAUGAUCUUCACGGGAGGAAAGCCGCCAACGGUCGUGUGCAGCAUCUGCAAGCGAGAUGGCCACCUUAAAGACGAUUGCCCUGAAGACUUCAAGAAGAUCGAGCUGAAUCCUCUGCCGCCCAUGACCGAGCGCUUCAGAGAAAUCCUGGACGGACUCUGCAUGCUGUGUUACCAUGAGUUGUCGCCAACUCUCGGAGAGCAGCAGAAGCGGGAGCAGAUUCUAGCCAGUCUGGAGCACUUCAUUAGAAAAGAGUACAAUGAUAAGGCCCAGCUCUGUCUGUUUGGUUCUUCUAAGAACGGCUUUGGCUUUCGUGACAGUGACCUGGACAUCUGUAUGACACUGGAGGGUCAUGACACCGCUGAGAAACUGAACUGUAAGGAGAUCAUAGAGGGUUUAGCAAAGGUGCUGAAGAAACACACAGGUCUAAGGAAUAUCUUGCCUAUCACAACUGCUAAAGUGCCUAUAGUGAAGUUUGAACACAGGCAGAGCGGACUGGAGGGAGACAUCAGCCUCUACAACACACUGGCCCAACACAACACCCGGAUGCUGGCCACAUAUGCUGCUAUAGACCCUCGUGUGCAGUAUCUGGGCUACACUAUGAAAGUAUUUGCCAAGCGCUGUGACAUUGGCGAUGCCUCCAGAGGGAGUCUCUCCUCCUAUGCUUACAUCCUCAUGGUGCUGUAUUUCCUACAACAGAGACAACCACCAGUCAUCCCUGUGUUACAAGAGAUAUUUGAUGGGAACAUUGUUCCUCAGAGGAUGGUGGACGGCUGGAACGCGUUCUUCUUCGAUGACCUUGAUGAGCUGCGGCGACGUCUCCCGGAGCUCCAUCAGAAUAAGGAGUCGGUCGGGGAGCUGUGGCUCGGCCUGCUGCGCUUCUACACUGAAGAGUUUGAUUUUAAAGAGCAUGUCAUCUCCAUCCGACAGCGCAAGCGCCUCACCACCUUCGAGAAACAGUGGACGUCCAAAUGCAUCGCAAUCGAAGAUCCCUUUGACUUGAAUCACAAUCUCGGGGCUGGUGUCUCUCGCAAAAUGACUAACUUCAUCAUGAAGGCCUUCAUCAAUGGCAGGAAGCUGUUUGGCACCCCAUUUUACCCUCAGCCUGGAACCGAGCCCGAUUACUUCUUUGACUCAAAGGUGCUGACAGACGGUGAAUUGGCUCCUAAUGACCGCUGCUGUCGGAUCUGUGGGAAGAUCGGUCACUAUAUGAAGGACUGCCCAAAGAGGCGCAGAAUGAAGAAAAAGGAGAACGAGCGAGAGGAUGAGAUCAGGGAGGAGGACAGGGAACCCAGAGAAAGACGCUGUUUUCAGUGUGGCGAUAUGGGUCACGUGAGGAGAGACUGUCCUGAUUACAAACACCUCCGUCAGAGAGGAGCACCCGGACCCGUACCUCACAUGGUCCGGGCCAUGGCGAGCUCUCAGUCCAUCCCCAUUCCUCAAGGUGGUUCGGUCCAGGAGCGGGUCGGCCGAAACAGGCAGCCUUCUGAAUGUUCUGAUACGCGUCAGACUCCUCCGUACUCCCCUCAGCCGUCUCCGUACAGCCAGGCCUCCGUCUCUCCCCAGAACAGCAAGCCUUCCUCUGCAUCCUCUACCUCCUCCACCCUGUCCAAACCCUCCCAACCGCAGCAGCAGGUUCCCCAGGUCCAACUUCCCAUCUUCAGCUUCCCUCACUCCCACCCGGGCCAGUACCACGCUGGGCUCUCUGCACUGGGCCUUCUGCCCGCCCACCCCCAGCAGCCGCCCCUGACCUCGCCCUCCUGGCCCAUCCACGGCCCUCUCAUCCAGGGCUCCGGGGCGCCCAACGCCUCCGGCCACCCGUCCUCUCCGGGCCUGAAGUUUGCCGUCCGAGGUGGCGGUGGAAACGGAGGCGGGCAGGCUGUGAAUCCCGCCCCCAUGAACCUGAAUGACCCCAGCAUCAUCUUUGCUCAGCCGUCGGCGGGGCGGGUGGCUGGUGGAGUGGGCGGCCUGGGCAGAGAAAGGGGGCACCCCUGGCACAAUCACCAUCUCAAUCCGGGGCCACUGGUGGGAAAUGGCACAGUAAACAAGACAGAUCCUAAUUUCCCAUCUCAGUUUGGAGGUGUGAGUCCGGGCUCUCGAUCCUGGGAGCACGGCGGUGCUGCUCCAUAUUCCCUGUCUCCAUCCUUCAUGCCCUACCGUCUGCCACCCUACCUGCAGCAGCCCAACAAACCCUUCAUCUCACAAGGUUCUGUGGUGGCAAAUCAACAUUACCCGCUUAUUCAACACGGCCGGCAUGGCAAUCUCAACUACAUUCAGCAGAAGAAAUGAAGAAAAGACACUUUACUUUGUAAACCAAUGCCCAAGGUCCUUAUAGAAAAAAGACUAACUUUGCAUCAUUUGGUCAUUUGGAAACUUUUUAAAAUGGAUUUUAUCGUUUUUGUACAGUUUUUAUGUUUUAUUUUCCUUUUAUUUCUCUGUGUGUAUCAUCACAUUGAUUUGUGAUACAAAAUGUCAAAUAUUUUAAUACCCCUAUUUUUGGAGGGGUCCAAAAAAGUGUUUUUAUUUUAUGUGUAAAAUAAGGAUUUAAAAUGUAUUCACUUUAUUUUUAUUAGCCGUAUUCCUAUUUUGCUUGCAUAAGGACAAAGGCUUUAGAUAGGAAAAACAAACAUAACAACCCAAUAAGACAAUUAUGUAGUGCCAAAAUCUUCCCUAUAGCAAACCAAAAAAAAAAACAGACAAAAAAAGAGCAGAAAAAAAAAAUCAAGAAAAGACCAAAAAAAUAAAUAAAGAAAAAGCAAACCAA